AGAAGCAGCCCAAGGUCCGCUGGGGUCAGACGGGAACAGCUGCUGUGAUUGCAGGCGCGUUGCCUUGGCCCCGCAUCUCCAGGAAUCCUCCUCCUCCUCCUCCUCCUCGUUGCAGAGCGGAAAGUCCAAGGCUGGCUGGGAGCCUUUUUAAAACGCUGGGGUUGUCGGAGUGGUCGAAUUUUUCCUGGAAUUGAGUGGGAAAUUCAGAAGACUGAAGCCCAGGCUCACUGUCUACCUUUCACGGAGGCCCAGCCGUGAGAGGACAGAAGAAGGCACCUGGCGAAUCAUGACAGCGGACAAAGAGAAAGACAAAGAGAAAGAGAAGGAUCGCGACAGGGACCGGGACCGGGAGCGGGACAAGCGAGAGAAGGCGAGAGAGAGCGAGAACUCACGGCCUCGCCGGAGCUGCACCCUGGAAGGCGGGGCCAAGAACUACGCAGAGAGCGACCACAGCGAAGACGAGGAUAAUGACAACAACAGUGCCACCACCGAGGAGUCCACGAAGAAGAACAAGAAGAAACCCCCCAAGAAGAAAUCUCGCUAUGAGAGAACGGACAACGGGGAAAUCACCUCUUUCAUCACGGAGGACGAUGUUGUCUACAGGCCUGGAGAUUGCGUAUAUAUUGAGAGUCGCCGACCAAACACUCCAUACUUCAUCUGUAGCAUUCAAGACUUCAAAUUGAGCAAGCGGGACCACCUCCUCAUGAACGUCAAGUGGUACUACCGCCAGUCUGAAGUUCCAGAUUCGGUCUACCAACACUUAGUCCAGGACCGACACAACGAAAAUGAUUCUGGCCGUGAGUUGGUUAUUACAGACCCGGUGAUCAAGAACCGAGAGCUUUUCAUUUCGGACUACGUCGACACCUAUCAUGCUGCUGCCCUCAGGGGGAAGUGUAAUAUCUCCCAUUUCUCUGACAUCUUUGCUGCUAGAGAGUUCAAAGCUCGCGUGGAUUCCUUUUUCUACAUACUGGGCUACAAUCCAGAGACAAGGAGGCUGAACAGCACACAGGGUGAAAUCCGGGUUGGGCCUAGCCAUCAGGCAAAACUUCCAGAACUGCAGCCAUUCCCUUCCGGAGAUAACGACGCUGUGACGCAGCACGAGGAACUUGUGUGGAUGCCUGGGGUCAAUGACUGUGACCUCCUCAUGUAUUUGAGGGCAGCAAGGAGCAUGGCAGCCUUCGCAGGCAUGUGUGACGGAGGAUCCACAGAAGACGGGUGCGUGGCAGCCUCCCGCGAUGACACCACUCUCAACGCGCUCAACACACUACACGAAAGUAACUACGACGCCGGCAAAGCCCUCCAACGCCUGGUGAAGAAGCCCGUGCCCAAACUCAUCGAGAAGUGCUGGACGGAAGACGAAGUGAAACGCUUCAUUAAAGGACUCCGACAGUAUGGAAAGAACUUCUUUAGGAUCCGGAAAGAGUUGCUUCCCAGUAAAGAGACGGGAGAAUUGAUCACCUUUUAUUACUACUGGAAGAAAACCCCUGAAGCUGCAAGUUCCCGUGCUCACCGCAGGCAUCGGAGGCAGGCUGUGUUUCGGAGAAUCAAAACGCGGACAGCUUCCACUCCGGUUAACACCCCUUCCCGCCCCCCCUCCAGCGAAUUCUUGGAUUUGAGUUCGGCCAGCGAAGAUGAUUUCGACAGCGAGGACAGCGAACAGGAACUGAAGGGCUACGCCUGCCGCCACUGCUUCACCACCACCUCCAAGGACUGGCACCACGGUGGGCGGGAGAACAUCUUGCUGUGCACGGACUGCCGCAUCCACUUCAAGAAGUACGGGGAGCUCCCGCCCAUCGAGAAGCCGGUGGACCCGCCCCCCUUUAUGUUUAAGCCUGUCAAAGAGGAAGAUGACGGACUCAGCGGGAAGCACAGCAUGAGGACAAGGCGGAGUCGAGGCUCGAUGUCUACGCUACGUAGUGGACGUAAAAAGCAGCCCACCAGCCCCGAUGGUAGAGCCUCUCCCACCAACGAAGACAUCCGAUCCAGCGGACGGAACUCUCCCAGCGCUGCCAGCACUUCGAGCAACGACAGCAAGGCGGAUUCGGUGAAGAAGUCCACCAAGAAGAUCAAAGAAGAGGCAUCAUCUCCUCUCAAGAGCUCCAAGAGGCAGCGGGAAAAGGCGGCUUCUGACACGGAGGAGCCCGACAGGAUCAACGCCAAGAAAACCAAAACGCAGGAGAUCAGCCGGCCCAACUCCCCGUCGGAGGGCGAGGGCGAAGGCGAAAGCUCCGACAGCCGCAGCGUGAACGACGAGGGCAGCAGCGACCCGAAGGACAUCGACCAGGACAACCGGAGCACCUCGCCCAGCAUCCCCAGCCCCCAAGACAAUGAGAGCGACUCGGAUUCCUCGGCUCAGCAGCACGUGCUGCAGGCCCCCAACGGCCCCGCGCAGCCCCCGCCCCCCUCCCUCCCGCUGCCAGCGACCUCUGCCUCGGCGCCCCCCCACGCCCCCACCGCCCAGCCGCCCAGCCAGCCCCAGGCUCCGGUGCCGCCCCAUUCCCACAUCCAGCAAGCGCCAUCGCUGCACCCCCAGCGGCCGCCCUCGCCUCACCCGCCCCUGCAGCCUCUGAUUGCUCCCCAGAGCCAAGCCCAGGCCCCGGCCCUCCCGCAGCCGCAGCCGCAGCCUCCCCUUCAUGGCCAGAUGCCGGCCUUCCCCCACGGCCUCCAGGCCCCCCAGCCGCUGCUGCCCCACCCGCUGCCCGCCCCGCCUUUCCCCCUCACGCCGCAGGUGCCGGCUCAGGGGCCGCUGUCGUCGCAGGCCCUCCCCCACCCGCACCCGGCCCUCCAGGCCGCCUCCGCGCAGCCCGCCCUGCAGGCGCCCGCUCCCCUGUUGCCGCAGCCGCCCCCGCCGCGGGAGCAGCCCCUGCCCCCCGCCCCCCUGUCCAUGCCCCACAUCAAGCCGCCCCCCACCACCCCGAUCCCUCAGCUCCCCACGCCGCCCUCCCACAAGCACCUGUCGGGGCCCUCGCCGUUCUCCAUGAACUCCAACCUGCCGCCGCCGCCGGCCCUGAAGCCGCUCAGCUCCCUGUCGACCCACCACCCGCCCUCGGCCCACCCGCCGCCUUUGCAGCUGAUGCCUCAGAGCCAGCCGCUGCAGCCCUCCCCGGUGCAGCCGCCGGUCCUGACGCAAAGCCAGAGCCUCCCUCCCUCGGCCGGCCACCCCUCCUCGGGCCUCCACCCGGGACCGUCCCAGCCCCCGUUCUCCCAGCACCCCUUUGUCCCCGGGGGCCCGCCGCCCGUCACGCCGCCCUCCUGCCCGUCCACCUCCACCCCGCCUUCUGUGCCUGGCGCCCCGCCUCAGGCGGCGGUCUCCGCCUCGGCGGCCUGCAGCGGGAACGUCCCCGUGGUGACAUCCUGCACGAUGCCGCCCAUCCAGAUCAAGGAGGAGGCCCCCGACGAGGUGGAGGAGCCCGAGAGCCCGCCCCCCCCGCCCCGGAGCCCGUCGCCGGAGCCUACGGUGGUGGAUACGCCCAGCCAUGCCAGCCAGUCUGCUAGGUUCUACAAGCACCUGGACCGCGGCUACAACUCAUGUGCCAGGACAGACCUGUACUUCAUGCCCCUGGCCGGCUCCAAGCUGGCCAAGAAGCGAGAGGAGGCCAUCGAGAAGGCUAAGAGGGAAGCCGAGCAGAAGGCAAGAGAAGAGCGGGAGCGAGAGAAAGAGAAGGAGAAGGAGAGGGAGAGAGAGCGAGAGAGAGAGAGAGAAGCGGAAAGAGCGGCGAAAGCAUCCAGCUCCUCCCACGAAGGGCGUCUCGGAGAGUCCCAGCUGAGCGGGCCGGCUCACAUGCGACCCUCGUUCGAGCCGCCCCCCACCACCAUAGCGGCCGUCCCCCCGUACAUCGGGCCAGACACGCCGGCGCUACGGACUCUCAGCGAGUACGCGCGGCCCCACGUCAUGUCCCCCACCAACCGCAACCACCCCUUCUUCGUCCCCCUCAACCCCGCCGAGUCGAUUUUGGCCUACCACAUGCCCGGCCUCUACAACGUGGACCCCACCAUCCGGGAGCGGGAGCUGCGGGAGCGGGAGCUGCGGGAGCGGGAGCUGCGGGAGCGGGAGCUGCGGGAGCGGAUGAAGCCGGGCUUCGAGGUGAAGCCGCCGGAACUCGACGCGCUGCACCCCGCCACCAACCCCAUGGAGCACUUUGCCCGCCACGGCGCCCUCACCAUCCCGCCGACGGCGGGCCCGCACCCCUUUGCUUCCUUCCACCCGGGGUUGAAUCCCCUGGAGCGGGAGAGACUCGCUCUGGCAGGCCCCCAGUUGCGGCCUGAGAUGAGCUACCCGGACAGACUAGCCGCCGAGAGGAUACACGCCGAGCGGAUGGCCUCGCUCACCAACGACCCCUUGGCCAGGCUGCAGAUGUUCAACGUGACUCCACAUCAUCACCAACAUUCGCACAUACACUCACACCUACACCUCCAUCAGCAGGAUCCGCUGCAUCAAGGCUCAGCAGGACCUGUGCACCCCCUCGUGGACCCCUUGGCUGCUGGGCCUCAUUUGGCGCGCUUCCCCUACCCUCCCGGUACCAUCCCAAAUCCGUUGCUAGGACAGCCGCCCCACGAGCAUGAAAUGCUCCGGCACCCAGUUUUCGGCACCCCGUACCCCCGUGACCUCCCCGGCGCCAUCCCUCCUCCCAUGUCAGCGGCCCAUCAGUUGCAGGCCAUGCACGCCCAGUCCGCGGAGCUUCAGAGACUAGCCAUGGAGCAGCAGUGGCUUCACGGGCACCCCCAUAUGCACGGGGGCCACCUCCCCAGUCAAGAAGACUAUUACAGCCGACUGAAGAAAGAAGGCGACAAGCAGUUGUAAUAAAUAAUUUAUUUGUAAUGCUCGCUACGGAAGAUCCCAGUCCGUGGGAAGAAACGGGAAUGUGUUUACCUGCACACAAGAACUGCAUAAAAAAAAAAAAAAGCAAGAGAAUUUUCUUCUAAAGAUACCUUUCUCUAUUUAAAAUGGAAAAAAAAACCCAAGAAAGCCCAAAAGCUAGAGACUUUAAUCAGCGCAUAUAUUAUAUAGUAUUCAUUUGUAGAGAAGAUUUCUCAAGACCAGUUCGGGAAUCUCCUUGCAUGACAAACCCCCGUUAAGACGCCUAUCGCCACGCAGGACUGGAUGAUCUCUUCAGAGGAUUUUCUUGGGCACUCUUGGGGGGUUUGGUUUUUUUGGGUUCGUUUUAUUUUUCAUUUUGAGUAGGUGCUAGAAUCAGGUUCACAACGAAAUGCAAGCCACUGUGCAUAAAAAAAAUAAAAAUACACUCGAUUUAUAAAUAUAUAUAUAUAUAUAUAUACUUUAAAAAAAACCAAGAAUUGCAAGUAGGUGGCAUAAGAACCUCUGAAAAUCCAAGUGCUAUAACAAGAAUUUUAAAAGAAAAUCUACUUUUAUUUUAAUACAUUGUAGGAAAACUUCAUAAUUUUAAAGAGAGCUUUGCAGCAUGGCUUUUUAAGUCUGUAAAUAACUUUUUCGGGUUGGGGUUAAAGAAAUGAUUACUAUAAUCUCCACAAACUCCUCUGAUUUCUUCUCUCUCCCCCACCCCCCCCCACCCUUCCGUCUUCAGUAACAUCUCAAAUAAGUUACUUCUUACCUGGUGUUGACAAAAAUACAGAGUUGAUUUUUUAAUAUAAGAGGAAUAUAUAUAAUAUCCCUUUAAUUAAAGGGAAAACGUCAAGGGGGGAGGGGUCAGUAAUUUCAACAUGGGCAAGAGCUUGACUUUACGGUUUGGUAGCAAACAUAAGCAUUAAAGGGAGUUGCAGGGAUAAUAUUAAAAAAAACCAAUUAUUUUCUUUUGUGUGUGCGUGUGUGCGUGUGUGUUCUUUUUAAUUUAAUUCCUUUGUUCCAUGAACAUCAUAAUUGCUUUCCAUUCUGGUAGCUGGUUUUGUUUUAAUUCAGUUAUUCAGCAGGGCCAUACAAUACAUUCCUGCAUUGGAGUAAAUUGGUUGAAAGGAAAACUAUGUUUGCUGUAUAGUCCACCAGCACAAGAGCUUUUUGAUGCAGAAUUCGCAAUGGUACAACUUUCGAAGAAUGGACCUCUUUUUCUUUCUUUCUUUCUUUGCCCAACUCUGUGGUGUCGGGGGUACCCCCAGCACCACUUUGAAAACCCACUCCACUUUUCUACUGAAAAUCUGAAAAUAUAUCUUGGGAAACGCAAGCUCCCUCUUCCAGCAACGUUUUAUUAUAGUAAUAAUCUGGUGAAGUUCCUUUCGGCCGUCUUUGACAACAAACCCCGCCCACGCAAGAAAGAGCUUAUGCAUUAUCUUCAUGUAUCAGGAUGUGUGCUAUGCGCACCCAGCGGGCGCAUGGAGUCGGUCUCCAAUGAAUGCAGAGAACAGCUGCACACGUGCUGCCCCACUGUCCAUAUCAGUUGCAUUGGCAUUUUAAUAGAUUGCAAAAUGGCAAACGCACUACCUUUUAAAGAGAUUUUUUUUUUAAUAAUAAUAAUAAAAAAGUUGAACGUGUACAGGAUUAGAUUUUGCCAUUUCUGGCUGUUGCGCAUUUUGAAGGGAAAGCCGUGGGUUUUCAAACUGCUCCCACGGAAGCCAAGCUUAAGUUUAAAGGUUGAAAGUCCUGUGUGUCUUUGGGAAUUCAAGAGGCCUAAUAUUGGCAUUUUUUUUUUGCUUUGCUGACACACAUAGGGGCAAGCGGCACUGGUCCUACCUCAAGGCACAAUUGACCAGGAAGGACAUCUCUUCCCUCUCGCAGUCCGCGCCAGCAAAGUUGACACGGUUUUCUCCAAAACCUCACCCUGAAUUGCCGAGUGGGGCAGGGUGGAUUAAAAUUAAGACGGAGUGGAUGUGUAACCUGUAUUCUGUAUCUUGCUUGCCUGCCUUUCGCAAUACAUGAGGGCAUUCCUGUUCGCGAGACAGCUCUCUGCUCUGGAGUUUGCCAGGCUGAGAACAGGUGUCCAUCUUCUGUUGGCGACCGUCAACGUCAAAGCUCAUGAACCCUAUUUUUAUACCCUUUUGAUUGUUACUUUAGAGCCCCCUUUUUAACCAAGUGGACGAUGCAGGAAUCGGCAGGAAUGAAAUGCACCACGAUUGCGUUCCGUUAGUUCCAUCCUCAUAACAUUUUCUGUUUCUCUCUCCUCUUUGGGAGGGCUGUAACUUUUGCGUUGAAGACUGUUAUCCUUGUAGGACUCCAUAGGGCUGUAUCUGAUAACCCUGUAGCCAAUCACUUUACUAUCGUCAGCCAUGUGCAGUUUUUAACCUGCCUAACAGAAUUCUGGGUUCUUUCUACCUUGGACAAGAGAGAGAGGUUUUCUUCACUUGGUACCACCCACCCCCUUUUUCCUGAUACCCACAUUUAUGUCCUGAGUCAUCUUUGCCUUCUAGAUCUUUUCCUUAUUAGCAGUUCACUCCUUGUCUUCAUGCCAAAACAAGCGGCUGGUUAAUGCUACAUCAUACACCUGUGUCAUAAUUCCACAGCCUUCCCAACUUGCCCUGAGCUUAGCCAGGUGAAUGUGGCUUAAACAUUUUUCCUAAUUUUUCAGCCAUUUUCUAAUUUUGGGGCCCUUUUAUAUCCCCCCCCUUCCCUGGCUCUAUUCAUAGUGCUGAUCCAAUGCAGACACAACAGAUUAAACCUGUUCUAGUCCCUGCUGCAUAUGGAUACCCAGAACGAGCACGUCUACCUGCCUCUUCUCAGGACGGUUUCUGCACCUCUGAAGAACCAAAACUGAAUUGAGGGGCGUGGGGAAACUGUGUAAACUGAAGGUGCUAAAUGUUCUCCCCUCAGCUAGCAAGAUGAGGCUUCAAAAGCAACUUUUUGACCUGUCAUACUGGCAUGUCAUCCAAUUGGUGGAUGCAUUCUCAAUAAAGGUACCAGCUCAUUUCACCAAUCCCACUUCGUUUACCUGCAGUUUAGAUUAAUAAUCUCAGUCAUUCCAGGAAGGUGGAAAAGCUCAGAGGCUGUUUGUUCUUGGAUCUAAUGAUUAACUACAGUGUUACGCACUCCUAGCCUCUUUAAAACCUCUGUUAAAAAUCACUCAGCCUUUACGGUUACCAUUUCAUUUUUUAAAGUAUUUUUUUUUGCUUUGAACUAUUAAAAUUCAUUUUUCCUUUUCGUGUGUUUUUUUUUUUAAAAAAAAAAUCAAACCGUCUCUUGUUCAGUGUCGUCAUGGUUUGAGCUAGUUCCACUGUACCAUUUAAAAGCAGAACAUACAUUCUGACAGCUGCGUUUAUAUAUAUCUUGAGGCUUAGUGUAUAUAUGAGUAGUUUGCCAUGGGAUAACACAGUGUAAAACAGAGUAGAAAACCCAGAAAUCGUGACUUCUGUGUUCUCUCCAUUUGAGUAUUUUGUAAUUUUUUUGAAAUAUUUGUGGACAUAAAUAAAAACCAAGCUACACUA